CCUGCUGGCUGGGACUAUGAUUUAUCAAUGCUCGCAGCUUUGUUCUCAUGACAGACUUGCACUCAUCCAGUCUCAUCAAAACAGGACAGAGCCGUGAAUUGUCCUUAACUUUCUUGCAUCUUCGACGAUUCCAGCUGCAGCAGGUACUUUCUGCACUUGAGGUGUUGAAGCAGCCAUGUGGAGCAGGGAGAGCGCUUCUCUACUUCUCAUCUGCCUGGCGCUCACAGCUCUCUGGAAAACCAGAUCAGUGAAUGCUGACGCCACAUCUGAUGCCUUUAAAACCAACAUCACCCUUUUCACACGGAUCCUUGACAGACUGCUGGAUGGAUAUGAUAACCGUCUACGGCCUGGUCUUGGGGACAGGGUAACUGAGGUGAAGACAAACAUCUAUGUCACCAGCUUUGGACCAGUUUCAGACACAGACAUGGAAUACACCAUAGAUGUUUUCUUCCGGCAAAGCUGGAAGGACGAGAGGUUGAAAUUUCAUGGACCAAUGAAUAUUCUGCCACUCAACAACCUGAUGGCAAGUAAAAUCUGGACCCCGGACACCUUCUUCCACAACGGGAAAAAAUCUGUGGCUCAUAAUAUGACCAUGCCUAAUAAACUGUUGAGGAUCAAAGAUGACGGGACAUUGCUGUACACCAUGAGGUUAACUGUGCAUGCAGAGUGCCCAAUGCAUCUGGAGGAUUUCCCCAUGGACUUUCAUUCCUGUCCGCUAAAAUUUGGCAGCUAUGCCUACACAAUCUCAGAAGUGACUUACGCUUGGACUCGGAACGCCUCAGACUCUGUGGUGGUGGAAGGAGAAAGCUCCCGCCUGAACCAGUAUGACCUGCUUGGGCAAACAGUCGGACAAGAAACUAUCAAAUCAAGUACAGGUGAAUACACGGUGAUGACAGCUCAUUUCCAUCUGAAGAGGAAGAUUGGCUAUUUUGUCAUCCAGACGUACCUCCCGUGUAUCAUGACAGUCAUUCUUUCCCAAGUGUCUUUCUGGUUGAAUAGAGAAUCAGUGCCAGCUAGGACUGUAUUUGGUGUGACGACUGUUCUCACGAUGACAACACUGAGCAUAAGUGCGCGGAACUCCCUUCCCAAGGUGGCCUACGCCACUGCCAUGGACUGGUUCAUCGCCGUCUGCUAUGCCUUCGUCUUCUCCGCUCUGAUUGAGUUUGCCACUGUCAAUUACUUCACAAAGCGCGGCUGGGCUUGGGAUGGGAAGAGUGUUGUGACUGACAAGAAAAAAGAGAGGGCGUCUGUCGUCAAGAAGAAUAACGCCUAUGCUGUAGCAGUGGCCAACUAUGCGCCUAAUAUUACCAAGGACUCCAGCACACUUCCAACUAUUGCCAAAGGUGGAGCAUCAGAUCCCAACAAGCCCAAAGGAGACGGCAAAGCCCAAGACAGCAAGAAGACAUUCAACAGCGUCAGCAAAAUUGACAGGAUGUCACGGAUUUUGUUUCCGGUUCUCUUUGGCAGCUUCAACCUUGUCUACUGGGCCACCUACUUAAACAGAGAACCUGUUAUAAAGGACAUGGUCCCCUCUACUUAGAGGCCAGUUUUAAUGGGUUCUAGUCUGGGGACUAAGAGACGAACCAAAUACCUCCAGCAACUGUGUAUACAUACCUUUGCAGAGUGAAGUCCUGGAUUGCAGUGUGAUCCUCUAUCUCCGCCUGUUUUCUACACCGUCUGCAGCACUUUUGAAAAUCCCGGCUUUUGUAAAUGUGUAUGUAUAUUUAUAUUCAUGGUUUCAUGGUGACAUAUUGUGUGAUUACUUCAAUUAGAGUGCAUAUUUCCUUGAAAGUAUGUUUCCAGUUACAGUAUGUGGCCACUGUACAUACAAUUCAAAUGAAGAGUAAACACAUGAACAUGAACACAUACGUUUGAUUUAAGAGUUACUUCUAAAUGUGUUAAAUUUUGCUGGUAAUGCCCACUCUCUUAAUAUUACAAUAUAUCUUUUUCUUUUGAGUGAAAGAUUACACCAUAUCAAAUAUUCUUUUUGCCAUCUAAAAGUGGCCUGAUUUUUUUUUCUGUCCAAGCCAAUGCAAAAACACACUUGUAUAAUAUUGUUACGGUGCAGCAGUUGUUUUAUUAUAUGUGACUAUUGGUAUGGGGCUCCCAAAAAUUAACAAGAACACAUUAUAUUGAGAAAGACAGAAACUCAAAAGUGUUAAAAGCUAAAACUCAAGCAAUUAGGUUUAGUCAAUGCUUGAUAUACAUUUUUUAUUAGCAAACAGUAGACCUAUGUACACGUCCAGUAGACACCAAGAAACAUUAUCAUGCCUUUGGAGUCGUGUUUCAGGCCACCUUACAAAUAUAAAUCCAAUAUUCAUUCUCCUUUUAGCUCUGAUUUGAGUUAUAACUACUCCUGACAAAUAUAUCUGGGACUUUAGCUGUUAGCUGUUCGACCUUCCUCAGUUUUCUCAACUUUUUCUGCCUGCUAUUUGGUGCUGAGCAUAUAGUGUACAGUCUUUUUGUCAGUGGUUUUUCACUGAAAACAAUUUCAUGAGUGCUAAAGACUAGAGACUAAAUAUAUGUUCAUAAUAUUAAAACAAUGAGCUAAGAGAGGCUAAAAAGCUAUGAAAAGCUGUAGAGUUGGGUGUUAAUGCUCUCUGGGUUUGUCAUUACCAGCUAGCAUUACACUUUUUACAUUAACACAGUCAUUUGAUUCAGUGUUAACUAAAAAAACGGAUCAAUACGGCUUUAACAGAAGAAUUACAGAAAGAAAAAGUAAUGUAGGAAGAAGCAAAGGAAAGCUGCACACUAAUGAGCUAUUUUGUAUAUCUGUAUUUAUUUAUUUUUUUUGUCAAGGUUUAACUUUGUCCUAACUGCUAUAAAUGCUGUGGUUUAAAUGCUCACAAAAUCCAGUCUUUAAUGUGACAACAGGUCUAAACUUGUUUAAAAUGUGUAUAUCACAGCUUUUUAUUGCCUUACCAACAGUGGUAAUAAUUCAUUAGUGUGAAGCACUGUGGCACCAAUCAGCAUGUCUGUCAUUACAAUCUUAGCUGAUUAUAAACAGUAUAGCCAACGUCCCAAAAGCUUUUUUUUUUUUUUAUAAUUACAGAUAUAAAAGCCAUAGGAUUGUAAACAUAGAUCUGUAUUGUGCUGAUAUGAAUUACAUGAAUCGGAUGUGGACGUUAUUGUUUUGCUAGCAUACAGUGUAUUUUUUGUCAUAGGCUUACUUAUUGUGUCAUGUGAUCACAGAUUUUUGGAAUUUUGUUGUAUCCACUAAAACUUUGGACUAACUCAAAAGCCAUAUACAUUGCUCAGUUAAACAACAGGGACAACCAAUGAUUAUACUUUAUGAGCAUGCGAUAUUGUGGUAAAACAACAAACAUCAGUACAGGAAUGUAGUAGCUUCUUUUAUGAAACACAUUUAGAAAAGCAAAUUAUUGGUAUGUAAACUUAUUUAUACGAGAUAAAGUUGUUAUAUCACAAUCUCUGCCAUGGAUGCUGUAUGUUGAGGAGACAAAUCAGCCCCAUAUCAGUAGCCACAUGUUAAUUUUGAUAUGUUUUUUUUCUUUACAUCAACAUUUUAAACUUUGAUUUAGAUUGUUCAAUCAAACUUUGCAUGAAGUA